UUUUAUUAUUGCUUUGUUUGAGCAAAACCAUAACUUCCCUUUAACAAUAAACAAAGAGAAAAUCUAACCAAACCAAACACAACCAUUUUCUCUCUAAAUCUACAGAGAUGAGAAGCAGCAAUCACUUGAUAGGAUUACUAAACUUCUUCACAUUCUUGCUCUCCAUACCGAUUCUCGGCGGCGGGAUAUGGCUAAGCAGCAGAGCCAACAACACAGAUUGCUUAAAAUUCUUGGAGUGGCCAUUGAUCGUCAUCGGAGUCUCGAUUAUGGUCGUCUCUUUAGCUGGUUUCGCCGGCGCUUGUUAUAGGAACACAUUCUUGAUGUGGCUUUACCUCUUUGUGAUGUUCUUCAUCAUCGCAGCACUUAUAGGGUUCAUCAUCUUUGCGUAUGCUGUGACGGAUAAAGGUUCCGGCCGGCCGGUGAUGAACAGAGCUUAUUUGGAUUAUUAUUUGCAGGAUUACUCAGGUUGGUUGGAGGAGAGGGUGGCUAGUGAGAGCUAUUGGAGCAAGAUUAGCUCUUGUAUUAGAGAUUCUAAGAUUUGUGCUAAGAUGGGAGUCUCCAUUAAUGGUGUGCCUGAAGCUGCUGAUAUGUUUUAUCAAAGGAAGCUUAGUCCUAUUCAGUCUGGAUGCUGCAAGCCCCCAACUGACUGCGGUUUCACGUAUGUGAAUGAAACUAUAUGGACAUAUGAAGGAGGGGUAGUUUACAACACUGACUGCAACAACUGGAGCAAUGAUCAACAGCAGCUUUGUUAUUCUUGCAACUCUUGCAAGGCUGGAGUGCUUGGCAGUCUGAGAAAGAGCUGGAGAAAAGUGUCAGUAAUCAACAUCAUUGUAUUAAUAAUCCUAGUGAUUGUUUACGUGGUUGGCUGUGCAGCCUUCAGAAACAAUCGGCGUAUGGAUAAUGAUGAACCCUACGGUCAAGCAAGGAUGACAAAGGCACAACCGAGUUGGAUCCAUUUCUAAAUGAAGUUAAACUACAUGCUUGCAUUGGUAGCUUGGUAUGUCAAGGUUGUAUGUUAUGGUUUGGUCUUCCUGUCUGGGACUGCUAAUCUUUGACAAAAUGCACUUAAAUAGUAUUGAAAAUCUUUUUCAAAUACAUGUAAACUAAAUAGCUGAAUAUAUAUUUACACCCUA